AUGCGGACCACCUUAGUCGCCACCGCAAUGACCACUGUGAUGUGGCGGCUUCCACUAAAGACGAUGAGCGUCAUAAUGUUCGUCGUUUUUACAUAUGGCAUGACGAUGAAAAAGGGAGCAAUUCAGUUGCGCGGCCCUUGUUUGAGUGCUAUUCGAACGGAAAAAACGUCUAAAGUCUUAAGAAAGCUGAAAGAAGUGAACGAAAGCUCGGAUUCGAGUUCCGAUUGUCGAGGUCCGAGAUCAGAACAUUUAGCUUGGCUGAAGGCUUGUCGUAAAGGUGACCUAACUGGUUGUAAGAAGCUGUUGGAUCUUCAUCCUAAUCUUGUGUAUUACGUGCCACCACUACAUCUGAACUUCUCUGGUGUACACAUCGCGACGUUAGGAAAACAUUAUGAUCUCCUGAGAUUACUGAAGAACGAAGGUGCAAAUUUCGAUGCUACAACACGGUCUGGAUAUACACCACUUCAUUUGGCUGCACAAAAUCAAGAUCGAGAAAUGGUCCGAGUUCUCAUAGAGGAAUAUGGCGUUGACACAACGAUUCAUGAUCUUCUUGGGUAUACGUAUGAAUACUAUGCUGAUUGGCUCUGCUAUCCAGAAUACGAUGACAUGCCUCAUCCAUUGAUCUAUUUCGAGCAGGCCUUACAAUCCAGUCUAAAGACUGAGUGGCAACAACCCCUUCAUUCCAAUAAUGGACGAAUAUCUGAAAUGCAGUGUUUAUGUUUUCCGGCCAAAGUCGCUUACAAUUGUGGAACACGACUAGUAUCGCUCAAUGUUGUCGCGCUGUGGAUGCGCUGCCAAAUGUGGGUGCGACCAUAUGUGGACGCAGGCGUCGGUGAAUUAGCAUGUGCCCUUGCAUUGUUUAUAGUUGAUGGUGUUAACGAAAACAUUACAAGUAAAGGCUACCGUAGUCCUCUAGGGACCACGAUAAUUGUCUGCACUUGCGUGCAGGUGGUAUGUGUUUCGGUGCAAGCGCUGACCCGUGAAAUCGCGAAAGAAGCCGCUGUACGAGCGGUGACAUGCGUACUACAGAUAGCAUAG